CACCACCCAGCGGAACCCCAAGGAGGAGACGCCCAGCCAGGGCCUCUCCUGACGCCGGACGAGUUCCGCGAGCACCUUCCUCCGGGGAUGCGGCGAGCCUUCGACCGCUUCCCGGACUUCCUGAAGAAGAACGAGGUGUUCAGCCGGGCACCGCUCAAUGACGAAGAGCGGGUGAUACAGCUGGAGCAUGUUUUCAACAUCUCCCUGGGGUUGAGGGAUGUCCUCGCUCAGACCGAACAAGCACCCGGCCAGUAUCGCUCGGAAGUGGCUGGCAAGCUAAGGGACUUAGCUCAGCCUGAGAAAUACCAAGGGAGUCAGCAAGGAAACGCAGCCAACAACUGGCUCCAUGACUGCCAAGAGUAUUUUGAAAAGCGCCGCUUGCUCUCGGGCCACCCAGAAGGGGAUGCGUACAAAAUUGUACUCGCCUCUGGACUGCUGGUUGGUGACGCAGGGA